CCUGGUCUCAGGAGCUCCUAAGGCAAAAGUCAGGAUGUGUAGAUGCUUGUUUGGUCUCAAAAAUACAACACUGCUUCAGGGGACAUAGAAUUAAGGCCCAAGCAAGCAGGUUGGGCCUGGAAAGCUAGGAAACAUGACAGGCUGUGAGGUCUCGUCUCUUAAGGCUUGAGCCCUCAGGUUCCGGCGCCAGAAGGCUGAGAACGAACACAGGACCCUAAAACACUCAGGGCUCAGCUCAUGAAACACAAGACCCAGAGGUCGCCCUGUCCGCCAGCGAUGGAGAACGGCACACAGCCCUGUGAAGAGCACCCUCCGGCGGCGACUGUCACCGAGGGCGCCGCCAAGAUCGUCUUCCCCAACGCCAACGAGGUUUUCUACAACCCGGUGCAGGAGUUCAACCGGGACCUGACAUGUGCUGUGAUCACUGAGUUUGCUCGAAUUCAUCUUGAAACAAAGGGAAUCCAGAUCAAGGUACCAGGAGAGAAGGACCUGCAGAAAGAGUCUGAGAACUUGUCUGAGCAAGAAAAGGAAACGGCUGAACAGAAAGAGCUUGAAAACCUCGACCCAGGAGACCAGACUCGGACAGCUGCAGUUGGUGAGAUCUGUGAGGAAGGUCUACGGGUACUGGAAGGCCUGGCAGCUUCUGGUCUACGCUCCAUCCGAUUUGCCCUAGAGGUUCCUGGUCUCCAGUCUGUGGUUGCCAAUGAUGCCUCUGCCCGGGCUGUAGAGCUUAUAGACCGAAACGUGCAGCUGAAUGGUGUGACACAUCUUGUACAUCCCAACCAGGCAGAUGCCCGGAUGCUGAUGUACCAACACCAAAAGGCAUCUGAGCGUUUUGAUGUCAUUGACCUGGACCCCUAUGGCAGCCCUGCCCCCUUCUUGGAUGCAGCAGUGCAGGCUGUGAAUGAUGGAGGACUUCUGUGUGUCACCUGCACAGACAUGGCGGUAUUGGCAGGCAACAGCGGAGAGACAUGCUACAGCAAGUAUGGGGCCAUGGCCCUCAAGAGCCGGGCCUGCCAUGAAAUGGCCCUAAGAAUUGUGCUGCAUAGCCUGGACCUGCAUGCCAACUGCUACCAGCGCUACGUGGUGCCACUGCUCAGCAUCAGUGCCGACUUCUAUGUAAGGGUUUUUGUGCGCGUUUUCACAGGCCAGGCCAAGGUUAAGUCCUCAGCCAGCAAGCAGGCCCUGGUGUUCCAGUGUGUGGGUUGUGGAGCCUUCUACCUGCAACGCCUUGGCAAAGCGACAGGAGACCCUGGCGGCAGGAUCAAGUUCUCCGCGGCCUGUGGUCCUCCAGUGACCCCUGAGUGUGAACACUGUGGGCAGCGACACCAGCUUGGAGGCCCCAUGUGGGCAGACCCCAUCCAUGACCUGGACUUUGUGGGCCGAGUUCUUGAGGCAGUGACCACCAAUCCUGGCCGCUUCCACACCUCCAAGCGGAUUCAAGGUGUCCUGAGUGUUGUUACUGAGGAACUUCCUGACGUCCCUCUUUACUACACACUGGACCAACUGAGCAGCACCAUCCACUGCAACACACCCAGCCUUCUGCAGCUUCGGUCAGCUCUCCUUCACGCUGGCUUCCGAGUCUCUCUCUCCCAUGCUUGUAAGAAUGCAGUGAAGACAGACGCUCCCCCGCUAGCCCUCUGGGACAUCAUGCGUUGCUGGGAGAAGGAGUGUCCAGUGAAACGGGAGCGGCUGUCAGAAAGCAGCCCAGCAUCCCGAAUUUUGGCCGUGGAGCCCAGACUGAAGGCCAACUUCAACAUCCGGGAAGACGCCAACCCCAGCUCCCGCCAACAAGGACUCAAGCGUUUCCAGGCCAAUCCAGAAGCCAACUGGGGUCCCCGGCCCCGAGCCCGGCCAGGGGGCAAGGCAGCAAGUAAAGAUCCAGAGGAGAGGCGGAGGCUGCUUCAAAAUAAACGGAAGGAGAUAGCUGAGGACCCAGUCCAGAGGGCAGCUCGCCUCAAGACAUUUCCUUGCAAACGAUUCAAAGAGGGUACUUGUCAGCGAGGGGACCAGUGCUGUUACUCACACAGCCCCGCAGCACCUGUGGCUUCUGCUGAUACUCCCCUCACAGACUGUCCAGAGACCAUCACCAAGAUCUCUGCCAAACCAGAGGCUGCUGGUGGAGGCGCUGCUGGGCCAGGUGUGGACUGAGAUAAUAAAGAGAUACCACUU